UAGAAAACAACGAAUUUCAUUGGUUAAAUUUUAACGUGGGGUAAACUCACCAUAGGUCAAUAGAUAAUAUUGUUUUUGUACUUUAAACACCUGAUAGAAAUAUGUUCUUAUAUUAUUGAUGUAGAAUUAAGUUAUAUUUGACUACAUUGAAAGGUUUUAUAAUGUUUAUCAGGACCAUUGUAUUGGUUGCGCUGGUGGCCUCGGUUAUUUCGGAGGAGGGCGUGUCCAACAAUGACGACUGGGCUUAUCAGUGGUACUCUGGUGAAUCUUUCCGGUUCCGGUGUCAUAUAUCUGGUUUGAACGUCACUGAGCCAGGCUACGUUACCUGGGAAACAGCAGAUCAUAAAGUAUUGUCAAAACACCACAACGAUACGGAAUAUGAACUUUUUAAAUACAACAUGGUAGACGGCUUUGAGCUAUUAAUCAAGAAUGUUAACCCAAACGUACAUGGUGUGUACAUCUGUAAAGUGUUCACUAGCGGUGGUGAAAUAAGAGGACAUACUAUAUACGGUCUGAACAUCCAUGAAGUAAAAUAUCACGUUAUGAUGGACAAAUACAAGAGUCAAAUCAACGUGGCUCUCAUAGCAACGGCGGUAUUUCUCGUGCCAAUACUAACAACUUGUCUAGUUUGGCACUUUCAGUACGUUACACCAGAAAUGGAAGCGCGAGCAAGACGUAGGAAAAUGGGCCAGAAACCGUAUAGCAUUAGUAACGAAAUGCAGACGACAAAUGGACAUCUUGCAGACACAGUUGCUUCACCAGAAUGGAAUGGGGCAUACGAAAAUAAAGAAGUUUUCACCCAAUUGUAGACUAUUCAAGUUUUUGAUAAAAAGAAAAUAUCGUUUUUUUCCGCCCAAAGAUUCAUUAUAUAUUAUAAUAUUAUACAUUAUACAUUAAACAUCGUAUGCAGCAACUUCUGUCGGUAAUAAGAUUCGUUCUUUUACAGAAAGAAUGUGUAUGAUAGGAGUGGAUUAAAUCAAAGUGUUCGUCGCCAUGAUAGAAGCGAUGGAAGAUUGCAGAACUUUUAGUGUUUUUUUUUAAUUCUUUGGCCUUCGUAAAAUAGCUUAAUACAAUAGAAUAAGUAUUUCAAUAUGUAGUAAUAAUAAAAAAUGAACAUUUAAUGGACUGGUUUUGAAAUCUAAAACCGAGUGACGAAAAACACACACGAAAAAACAACCAAAAAACAAAACAUUUAUCAAUUUAUAUAACAUGAAAACAGGAUUUAGAGGAUAAUGCAGGAGUUUUUAUGUCAAAAUAAACUGAUGUGUCUGGUAAAA